AUGGGGUUUAAACACCUAGUUACGGUAAAGGCAAACGAAGUAAUUCCCGUUCACAAGUAUCGCUCGGAGCGCACCGGUCUUACGGUGAUCAUUGGCGAAGUGGAAGGUCCAGUUGUAAAUGGUUAUUUCACCCUUGCUACCGAGGCGCACGAUGAUGACGGUCUGCCUCAUACACUGGAGCAUCUCAUAUUCCUCGGAUCGGAAAAGUACCCGUACAAGGGCAUUCUCGAUCUGGUAGCCAACCGAUGUUUGGCAUCCGGUACAAAUGCCUGGACCGACCGAGAUCAUACAUGUUACACGAUGACUACGGCCGGAAGUACGGGCUUUUUAUCACUGCUGCCGGUGUAUUUGGAUCACAUACUCUAUCCAACGCUUAGCGACGCUGGUUUCGUCACGGAAGUGCACCACAUUACCGGGCAGGGAGAAGAUGGAGGCGUGGUAUAUUGCGAAAUGCAAGGACGAGAGAACACUGGCGAAUCAAGGGUGAACCUGGAAAUGCUCCGUGCCAUGUAUCCCAACAGUGGGUAUAGUGCCGAAACGGGUGGAAUCAUGAGUAAUCUUCGGUCCAGUACCACCAACGAGAAAGUUCGAGCUUACCAUGCAGCAUUCUACCGUCCCGACAAUUUGUAUGUCAUCAUUACCGGGCAGAUUCUCAAUCACGAAGACAUCUUCAAGGCCCUCGAACCCAUUGAGGAGAAAAUUGUUUCCAAAGGCGCAUUACCACCAUUUGAAAGGCCGUGGCAAACGCCCGUUGCACCGCUAGAAGACUCGACGAAUAUCAAAAUUGAGUACCCAGCAGAUGAGGAAGAUUGCGGAUUGGUAAACGUGUCCUGGAGAGGCCCGAAAGCCACGACAGAGCACAAGGAAAUCACCGCCUGUUCGGUGUUGUUGCGCUACCUUACGGAUACAUCCGCCAGUCCGAUACAACGUGAGUUUGUCGAAAUUGAAGAUCCUUAUGCGAGCCGGGUUGCUUACAGCAUAGUGGAGAACUCAGUUUCGUUGCUAUACAUAUCGUUCGAAAACGUUCCGAUCGGUAAGGAAGAUGCUAUAUUCGACAAGCUCACGCAAGUGUUGGAAUCAAUUGCAACCGGCAAAGAAGCGUUGGAAAUGCAACGCAUGAAAAAUGUCAUCGAACGCUACCGAUUGGAAGCUUUAAGCAGCUUAGAGUCGAAUCCGCACGAUGAUAUUGCUUUCCACGUCAUCGGAGAUGUUUUGUAUGGAUCCGAUGAGAAAGAGUUCGAAAACCGUCUGAACACAAAUCGAUACCUGCAGGAGCUUAAAGACAAGGAUGAAGCUUUCUGGCGUGCGUUGCUAAAUAAAUAUAUCGUCAAUAGCAAAUACGUAGCGGUGCGCGCUGUCCCCAGCAUCAAAGAAAAUGUGCGCACUGCAAGCGCUGAGCAAUCUAGACUGGAACAGCAGCGAAAGCAGCUCGGAGAAAACGGAUUAAAAGAGAAGGAGAAGCUUUUAUCCGAGGCAAUGGCCGUGAACGAACAACCACCGCCGGAUGAAAUGAUUACCUCAAUUCCUGUGCCCAGUACGGAGGGUAUUAAAUUUUACCCCGUUGAAAUUUAUUCCUCCAACAGUGGAGCGGAUCCUUCCGGUUUGAAAAUUGCUGAUCUCCCAGUUUAUGCGGAAGUGUACGAUUUGCACACCAAUUUUUGCUACCUGUUAGUGACUAUGAACACCGAACAACUAAGUGCAGAAUUACGUUCAUAUUUGGUACUGCUGUUGGAGCUGCUCACCGAAUCGCCUUUACGUUGCGGCGACAAACUGAUACCGUAUGAAGAAGUCGUAGCUGCACUAGAAUCUUCUACAGUCGUAACAUCGACCGAUGUAGGUUUUCAGUCACUAAAUCGUUUUAGCGUGGGUGCCUAUUCGAAUACUGUUACCUUGUCUAUGCAAGUGAUUCGGGAAAAGUACGAAGUAGGCAUCGAGCUGAUAACGAAAUUGCUCCACAAAACUGAAUUUACUGUCGAACGUAUUAAAGUGUGCGCUACAAAGCUUGUUAACGAUGUAGCCCAGAACAAGCGAGAGGGUAAUUCGAUUGCUAAAGACAUAUUGAAAGCUAUGUAUUAUCGAGAUGAUAGUAACGUGCGAUGCUCUUCGAUGUUGAAACAGUCCAAGUUUUUGGCUUCACUAUUAGAGUUAAUUGAAACCCCGGAUACAGCCAGCUUGGUGAUCGCGAAUCUCAACAAGGUACGAGAGAUAAUUACGCAGCCAGCAAAUCUAGGGAUUCGUAUGGCAGCCGAUUGGCACGUCAUGAAAGCCCUUGGUAUGGAUUUGAUUCUUCCCUGGAAGGCACUUGUGCGUAGCGACAUGCCAUCUGAUCAUGUUAAAAGUUUCUCAUCAACUCAAGAUUGGAAUCAUAUGAUGCCAAACAAUGAUACCUCGAAACAAUUUGCUGGCUGUAUAGUUGGGCUGGGCAGCAUUGAAAGCGUAUUUCUAUUUCGCACCUGCCAAGCGAUUACCGAUUUUAAAGACCCAGAUUUUGUGCCCUUGUUACUGUUUCUUCAAUACUUGACCCAACUGGAAGGACCAUUGUGGAGACAAAUUCGUGGACAAGGAUUUGCGUAUGGAUAUAGUAUAGUGCCUCGGCCUAAUGAAGGUCUCAUGUAUUUUACAUUAUAUCGUUCCUCGAAUGUUGUUGCUGCGUACAAAGAAGCAGUAUCGAUUGUGGAAAAACAACUUGGCGAAGGAGCCGAAUGGGAUGCCACACUGUUGGAAUCAGCAAGAAGUUCAUUAAUUUUUGAAAUUAUUGCGCGGGAAAAUAGCAUCGAAAAGGUAGUGGAUGCAUCGGUUCUCGCCAGCUUCAAAAACGUUCCUUUAGGAUACAACCAAUCUUUAGUACGCCAGGUUGGCAUGGUAAAUAAGGAGGAUUUAUGUCGUGUUGGAGAGCGCUACGUUAAGCAUUUGUUUUCAACCACUGGUACGCGCACCGCUAUCGUGUGCCACCCAGAACGAAUAGCAGAUAUUGCUGAUGCUUUCAAGCAAUUAGGCUAUGAGCUAAACGUGCAAACAAAACUGGAAGACAGCAUUCUCGCAUAACGCUCACGUGUAUCAAAUGACGCUAAUGCGCGAAAGAAAAAAAAAAACAAUCUACCCGCUAAACUUACUAACUAAAUGCGAAUUUGUUCUACUUUAAUUUUUUUUGCCAUUCGAUGAUCAAACUCAGUUUAUUUUUCCUGCAGUUGUGUUGA